UCAAAAUUUGGUGAGAUUUCCAACUAUGCUCUCAAAUUGGAAUAAUUUCUAUAUUCAUCUGAUACUUCUCAAAUCACAAAUCUUUUCAAUGGCACUCAUUAUAUCACUGAUUUCUGGAGUUUUGAUAUUAUGCAGUCAAAAAGGUGGAGGAUCAAAAACGAAGAAUGCAGAUUCUCGUACAAAAAAAUCAGCGUCGACUUCUAUUGUGUCUCCAAUUGAAACAACUGCAAUACCAAAAGAUAGUGUGAUGGUAAAACCAGAGCCACCGAAAGAAGAAACAAAGAGUAAGAAAAGUGUUAUCCAGAACUCUAUAAAAAUGCUUCGUGGAAAGAAAAACCUUCAAAAAGCAACCACAUUGCAAAAGAAAACUGAAACGGAUUCACAGCAUACUCAAGUUAUUAACAUGGAAUUAGGAAAAGCUGCAGGAUCCGAGAAAGGAAUAUCCAAAUUAACAGUCCCAGAAGAGCGGAAAAUUGUUGAGAAGCCCAAUGGAAAGAAGGUGCAGUUUGCGGAUAAGCUGAUCAAAUCAACGUUGACUCCGACUGAAAAGAAAUAGAUCGAUUUAAUGGAAACUUGAUUAUAGUUGGAAAUGAAGUAUGAUUCAAUUUAGAUC